UUGUUGAGUAUGGUCGAACUCUGAUUUAGUUCCGUGGACUCGACUAACCGUGUGUGUCUUCGGUUUAUUAGUAUUAUUAUUAUUAUUGCUAUUAUUUUUGUUGCCUUCGAAGGAAAAGGCAAGUCAGUCAGCAACGCAAAAUACGAAGCACAGCACAGGUGAAGACGGGAGCAGAAGCAACUUACACUCGUCUCUCCAUCAUCAUCGUCACCAUCAUCACUUGUUUCGCUUUUUCGAUUGAGUUUGUUCUUUUCGCUGCUCCAUCGGUUUUUUUUUAAUGUUUGGUGGUUCUGUUUUGCGCUUAAUGUCCACUUACUACUUCAGCUCGUGAAAAGUGUCAGUGCGCUCUGACGUGUGCAAUUGAGUCGUGUCACGCGAAGGUUUUUGGGCAGUUGCAAAUUGCCACUUUCCUUCGGUGGAUGGUGUGUUCAGUGCGCCCGGAUUGUGCAAAUCGCUAGCAAAGAUGCAUCAAGUAGUGUACAACAAAUGAAGAAUGCAGAAACCAUUAGGCGAAAAGUGGUGAAAAUAGAGAAGUAGGCAUGUAGAUACAGGAAAGUAGGCAGACGCACAUACAAAAUCAAGAGUUGUCUGAUCGUGUUCCCCCCGAAAAAAAAAGUGCAAAGAGAAAGAAAUCAAUUUGCCAUAAUUGUGAGUUAAGCCCAAUUAAGUGAGUGGUAAAGGAAGAGUUGGACAACUCUGCACACUCAGUAAUUUUUCUGCAAACGAAGUGAAUCACUAGUGCAUGGUAACGGGUGCAUUUCUUGCUGCAAACAGUCAUUUAAUGUUAUAAUAAAUUAGUGACCGAACCGUGAAUCGCCUGAAUCCUACUGCUGCGCGUUCCGAAACUAAGUGCCUUCGAAACUACGUACGCAAUAAAAGCCGAGCCGAGUAAAUAGCAUCAAUUUGAAGGAAAUAAAUUGCAAGUUAAUUUGUGUGGUCCAACUCACCGUCUAGCAAGAACCGAAAGUGUAAAGUGUAGCGUACAAACGAGAAUAAGAAUAGGAAUAUUUACACAUACGUGAGCCGUCGCAGUCGACGAGUCGAGAGUUGACGAAAAAAAACAAGCAAAAUUAAAGCGAAAUAUGAAUUAAAGGAAGCAAUAUUAAGAAAAAGCUAAUUUUAUCGCUUAAGUAAAGUUACAAAAGACGGAGGAGAAGCAAAGUCGCAGCCGAGUAGCUCCACGGACAUUCGGGCGAGAAUUUCGAGGCGCAGAAAACAACAAGGCAACAAGUAAAACGCGCAUACACACAUUCUCUCGCGCUCGCGUGCGCUGCUGCUGCUGCUCUCUGAACACGUAUAGAAAACUGCACGACUUCGCGGAUACAAGAUGGCGUUCAACGGCAAUAAUAACAACAGCACCAGCAACACAAACGCCUCGGAGAAUGAUGGGGCGAGCAAAAAGAAAAAUCUGAUAAUUCUGGUGGAUAAAGACUCUAACGAUAAGUUGAACGAGCUGUUCGAUAAAACACUCAGCAAUAAAUUACCGUUGCAAAUCCCCUACCGUAUGCGAAAGUUGCCAGACUCGUUCUUCAAGCCACCAUCCUCCGGGUCGAAGUCGCCCUCGGUUUCGCACUCACGCGAAAAUUCGGUCGACUCAGCAUUUGGCUCUGGAACCACAAUACUGAGUGGGGUCACUACCGGCCCGAACGGGCUUCCGAUCUCUCACAGUCGUGCCCAUAGCAGCCCGGCCUCACUGGGCAAGAUCCCGGCCGGUCUGGUUGGUAGCCUGACGGGAUCCAGCGGGGUCCAGCAAGCCUCUAAUAAUAGCAAUGCAAAUAGUAGUAAGACACAGCAGGGCAACAACUCUGGUAGCGGUGGUGGUGGUGGUGGUGCCGGCAACGAUGGCACCAACAGUCUCGGUGCAUCGGCACUUGGUCAACAACAGGGCCUCUCGAAGCAGGCCCUGCAGCAUUUGCACAGCCGGGGACGCUCGUACGAUGUAUCCAACCAGCAUGCCUUUGGUGAUCUGCCGCCUGGCUGGGAACAGGCCCGAACACAGGAUGGACGGAUUUACUACAUAAAUCACAACACCCGCAGCACCACGUGGGAGGAUCCACGUAUCACAGCCGCCCUGCAAGAGAGUCAAUUCCAGCAGCAGUCCAGUGUGGAAACACUGUUCAACACGGGGUCCCAGACACUGAUCAGCCCUACCAUCUCAUCACCGACGCCUCCCAAUGUGGUAUUUUCAGAUUCGAUCGAAAUGUCGAACGAUGCGGCAGCACCGACAACACCGGCACCCAGCGUAUCGAUGCUGAACAACAACGUCAACCUCGGUCCCUUGCCGGAUGGCUGGGAGGAAGGCAUCACCAGCAAAGGCGAACGGUACUACAUCAACCACGCGACACGGACGACCACCUGGAGGGAUCCCCGUUUGUCGAACCAAGAUUGGGCAGUACAAGAGCAAACGGUUCGAUUGUACAACCUACAGCUGGAGCGUGAGCGUCUCAGGAAACGACAGCAAGAAAUCAAGUCACACAUGGGUGAAGACCCGUUCCUAUCCGGACUUACGGAUCACUCGCGUCAGGAAUCCGCCGACAGUGGUCUCAGCGAGUCGUCAAUAUCUCAGUCGAUGCCACACACACCCGACUUCCUGUCCAGCAUAGACGACAGCAUGGACGGACUUAGCAUGACCGACAACACAAUGGACACAAUCGCAUUUGGAGAUAAUUUGGAAACGCCAGAUGAAUUUAUGCUUGACGAUCCGCUGCUCUUGGAGAAGAUAGACGCCGUCAGUAGUCUGAAUCUGAUAGACCCCUCGAGUACCAAGCCGGACAAUACGUUGUACGAUAUUAUCUAAAUUUGGCAGCGGACGUUCCAGCACAGUCCACCGGUACGGAAGACAAAAAAAAAAUAUUACAUUUACAAACAAUAAGAAUAAUAUACAAUAUCAUACGCAAUACACCCACAGCCACGGAAUACCAACAGAAACAUGCGAACAGCUAGGGACAGGUUCGUUGUUGCUCGGGACACAAUGUCACACAUGAAUCAUACAAAUCCCAGCACACGACAGUACUAGCUAGUAAGGUGAAUUUUUAUUCUUAUCCUGUAAGAAGCGCUAGGGGAAGAAACACGUGUGAAUGUUAGUUCGUAAGGAACAAUAGCUAUAAGCUUAAAAUGUGACCUAAACUAAUGAAAUCGGUUUCACUUUUUGCGGGAAACAGCCGAUUUCAGUGCGUAGCGACAAGCUCAAGGUCGUGGUAAACCGGCCGAGUUCCGCGCAAUACUUGCGGACAUCAACUGCAAGCAAUGAUUACGUGCCUUACAAGAAUUUACUUCUUUUCGAUGCAAACGAGUUGUGAUUUCAUGUUUAUAUUUCCCAACAUAUCAGGAGGUUAAAAUUGUAGUAACUAUAGUCUGUGAGAACUCGAUAUUGAAACGAGUUUAAAUAACCACUUUGGUGAGUACACCGAUGCAAUGCAAGGCGCGAUGUUUUGGCGAUAGUUUAUUGGCCUUUCUAUUACGUUUCGUUUGGGAAUAUUUCUGAAGAUUUUAAUAAGCGUUAGAAAACUAGUUUGACGAAAUUGAGAAACUUAUUUUAUAAUAAAAUUAUAGAUUAAUCAAAGAAAAUCUACUUACAACGAUAGUGCCUUGAAUGAACUGAUGCUAGUAACAAAGAUUUUCAUCAAUAAUACAAUUGACGGUAGUAUCACAGUAGCAGAAAAUACUACAAUCAUAGAAAUGUGUCACUUUUUUUUUUUGAGCAUAGCAUAAUUUUCAUCCCUUUCGCGUAUUUUCAAUUCUUUUAUCUACUUAUUAUAAAUUUAACUUGUAUUAAUAAAAGCUAGCGAGGAGUUUUACGAUGAAUGCGAAGAUAUGCAAAUCCUUUGUCAUACUAUAAAUAUAUAAUAAUACGCAUGUUAUAUUUCGACGGUUAAAAGUAAUGCACACAAACUGGAGUCGAAAGCAAAUAAGUUCGAUUCAGUUGGUGUUAAGAGAAUAAUGAUGAAUAGCUGCACACAGAAAACCAGUACAGCCACGUCUAGGAAAUUACUUUGAAUAUAUUUUGUUAUAUCUAUUCAUUGAUAAAACAAGUAAAUAAUCGAAUAUGAUUCAUAUUAAGCAUAUUUUGAAAACACUUCUGAAGAACUUCAUAGAGUAAAAGUAGAGGAAAUCUUGAAUAAUUUGUCAUAUUUAGAAAAUGUCUUCAUAUUUCCCUAAAUAUUUAAACAACUAUCUUUAAUUAUUUCUCAUCAAGUAAUAAUAUUUAUGCUAUCCCAACUUAUAACUACAUGCAAAAUUAUUACUCCUUUUGUUAAUCGGAAUCUAGUUAUAAUAAUCUAUAUUUGAAACUCCUAGCGAACUGCAGCACAAUAAAACCAAUAUCGGCCAAUCCUAACACAUUGAAUCGAAAUAUAUUUGCUUGAAUUCUCGACAAUACUUUGCUGGAACUCUCAAAGUCAUAGUUUUUUAAUUGAAAGUCGUCGAAGGGAAGGAAUGUAGAAUCCCUCGAGAAUUUUUCGACUUUCCGCUCUCAAAAGCGCCAGUCGCUUGCGAUAACGACAACAGGCAAGCUUAUCAAGCCCAAAACGACAGUAUUGUAUGACUUAUAGAAGAGAACAUCGUUCUUAUAGGAAAAAACAAAUGCAUCGAAAGCAAAUUGUAACCGUUGAACUGUUAUUGUUUCAGAGCGCUGCUGUUGCGCCGUCCAAAAUACUACAUUUUAAAUGUACACAAUUUCCCUCCUAUCCUGAGAAACUCCGUGGUCUCGGGGAAACAGACAAGCAGGCAAACUGAUCGGUGACAUUAUAACACAAGCAAGACACUGGCUACUUAAGGAAACAACAAUGAAUAGAAGUACGGAAGGGGCGAAGGAAAUAUGCUAUGAUCAAGAAGGCGCGACCCCCCCAAAUUCAGGCACCAUCGCUAAAUUGCAACCCGUCCAAUUAGGUAAAAGCAAUAUCAGAAAAAAAAACUGUCAUCGUUUUUAACGAUGCAAUGCUAAACAAAUGAUAAAAAAAAUAGCAACACGUGAUUAGCAGAUAGUUUUAGUCUAAUUGACAACCUAACAGAUACCGAACACAUUGUGAGACUGUUUUCUCUCUUGUCGAAAGCCAUGUUUGUUUACCUGUAGUGAUAAACAAAUUUCAAAUUGAUCAGAGAUUAAAUGUCUUCAAACAAUUCUUCGCUCAUGUCGAAGACCAUUUUCUACAAUGUGUUUUGUUUGUCGGGUCCGUUGACAAAGUAUCACCAUCAAGCAAUAUUUGUGAGAAAAUAUGAACAGCGUUGAUGCUUGAAUAUAUAUAUUUUCAUAGAAGAACUUUGAAUACUUUUCACAUACUCAGUCACCUAAUUCUCUACCGGAUGCGUAGAGAACUAGUGUCGACAAAAGUCGGUGCGGUGGUGAAUUUUUCUAUUGCCAUCGCCAUUCAAACAAAUAAUGUGCGAUCUUUUUUUCAUUCAUUCAAAUGAGAAACAGAAUUCAACAAAUAUAUUGAGAUUAGGAACAAACCCCUAUUAUUUCUUUACAACAAUCUGUGUUCUACCAUAAAAAAACGCAAACAAAGCAGCGAUAGGAGUAUAAAAAGAAUUACUUUUUUUUCUAAAAAAAAAACUUAAACAUCAGAUACAGAUGCGUCGGUGCUGUCAGCAUUCUGAGAGACACCGCAGUUAGAGUUAUUUUAACUGAAAUUAUGACCCUAUCCAUAUACACACUCGCUGGAGCAGAUAACCCCACCCGGAAACCUUACUAUAGCAGCUUAUUUCCUCUUAGGUUUUGUCGGGCAAUGAUGAAUAGUAAUGGGGUUCAACUUAUUCAGCAAGUUUUUAAGAAGGUUUUCCUACCUUUAAAUGUACAGAGAGUUGAUAAAUCUGCUUUGUAGAAAUGUGUAUAAUGAAUAAUUUUGUUAAAAUAAAGCCUGUAUCAUAAAAAAUGAAAUAAAAAUCGUAAAACAAACAAA